CGACAACAGACGCGCGCGCGACCACCACCGCCACCAGUAGCACACGCCACAACGAUGGCGUCGAACGCCCAUCGCCACCGUCGUCUUGAUCCGGUCGGUCCGACGGCCGUCAUGCUGCUGUUGCUUCCGGUGUGGCUGGCCGCCGUCACCGCCGACAUCGACGCGGCCGCGCAUUACACCAACCAGUUCGCCGUCCGAGUGGCCAGCGUUGGUGGCGACCACGGACAGCAGGCGGACAGGGUGGCCAGGAAACACGGGUUCCUCAACCGUGGACAGAUUGGAAGCCUUAAUGAAUUUUAUUUGUUUGAACAUCAACACGUACACAAAAGAUCAAUUUACGUUGAUGAAAAAUACCAUUCUCGUCUUAAACUUGAUCCACAGGUAAUAUAAACAUUAUUCAUUAUAAUUUAUAUGUAUGGGUAACUAUUGUACUUAUACUUGUAUGGCAUCAAUAU